GGUCGUAUCGCCGCCGUCACCCGCGACGCAAAAGCGGGACCCGCCAUUGGCCGGCUGACGGCAUUCCGACGGCCGGGCUCCCCACCACCAUCCCCGGGUACUGGGAAAUCUGGAACCGCUCUGCCACCGGCGCCGAGACAGCUCUCAAUCCCAGUUGUCCGCGUCUCGACCGUACCGUUUCGCGUUACGGCCAUAUUUCUUUUGUUUUGUUUUGUUUUGUUUCGUUUAUUAUUUUUAUCGAAUUAAUUUCACUGUUAUUGUUGCCGUCAUCGUCACCGUAGUCCUCAUCGCUGUCGUCUUCUCCGCCGUUCUUCUAUAAUAUUUUUUUUAUUAAUUAAUCGCACCGAUUAGGCGUUUAUGUUUUCCGAAUACCCUCUCCUCGUACGUGUCUGGAAUAUUCCACACAGUCCGUGUGAAUCGCCGUCGUCGUCGUCGUCUCGGUUUAAUAAUAUUAUAUCGCUAUACUUUUCAUCUGUUUCUCUCCGUUUACCCUGAUGAUUCGUCAUUUCCCCGCUGAAAUUUCGUCCACGUCAGGAAUGAAAACAUAAUACCUGCCGUGCGUAUGGUACGUAGUAGUAUCGUAUCAUUACGGUAAUAAUCGUCGACGUCCGUGUGCGUUUCCUGUGCUCGUGUGCAUAACUACUUCAUGCCGGCGAACUUCGUUGCCGUGGAAAGCGAUCGUCUGUACCGUUAGACUUCCGGAACGCCGUACAGGAUCUCUUCGGUUCUACGCUGUUAUGCCGCUGACGUUCUGCAUCUGCACAGACUAGUCGAAAUAAUUUGUCAAAAUGAAUAGCAUGGAUGAACAUAACCGCAUGAUGCACCCAACCAGUGCGAUGUUGCCACAACCUUAUGGGAUGUCGUCUGUUGAUCCCAACCACGGGGCUCCCACGCCACCUGAUCAAGACACUCGUAAACAAGAUAUUGGUGAAAUUUUACAGCAAAUAAUGAACAUUACUGAUCAGUCCUUAGAUGAAGCUCAAGCUAGAAAACACACAUUAAAUUGUCACCGAAUGAAACCUUCUUUAUUCAGCGUUUUAUGCGAAAUCAAGGAAAAAACUGUAUUAAGUUUAAGAAAUACACAAGAAGAAGAACCACCAGAUCCACAGUUAAUGCGAUUAGAUAACAUGUUAAUUGCUGAAGGAGUGGCUGGUCCUGAAAAAGGAGGUGGUGCUGGAGCUGCAGCCAGUGCAUCAGCCGCAGCUUCAGGCGGUCCUGGACAACCAGAUAACGCCAUCGAGCAUUCCGACUACAGAGCAAAAUUAGCUCAGAUCAGACAAAUUUACCACCAAGAACUGGAAAAAUACGAACAGGCCUGUAAUGAAUUUACUACCCAUGUAAUGAAUCUCUUACGAGAACAAUCGAGAACGCGGCCGAUCACUCCAAAAGAGAUCGAACGAAUGGUGCAAAUAAUACAUAAGAAAUUUUCUUCCAUACAAAUGCAACUGAAGCAAAGUACUUGUGAAGCGGUCAUGAUACUUAGAUCUAGAUUUUUGGAUGCUAGAAGAAAAAGACGUAAUUUUAGUAAGCAGGCUUCCGAAAUAUUAAAUGAGUACUUUUACUCGCAUCUAAGCAAUCCAUAUCCUUCCGAGGAGGCAAAAGAAGAGUUAGCAAGGAAGUGUAGCAUUACAGUGUCACAAGUGUCCAAUUGGUUCGGGAAUAAAAGAAUUCGAUAUAAAAAAAAUAUCGGUAAAGCUCAAGAAGAAGCAAACCUUUACGCUGCAAAGAAAGCUGCCGGCGCUUCCCCUUAUAGUAUGGGUCCUGCUUCUCAAGGAACACCAACUCCUUUGUUAUCUCCAGCUCCUGGUGGUGGUCCACAAGACAGCAUGGGCUACAGUCUUAGUUUAAAUGGUGCUGAGUAUAGUUCCCCUAUGUCAGGAUCACAGGUUUGUGCACAGUAUUCUGAUGGAAGUCUAGGAUAUGACCCAAUGGGACACCAGGCAAUGCCUAAAAACUCUGGAUCGCCAUCUACAGGAUGGAACUCAAGUCAUGAAUAUCAAACACAUGGCAUGCACGAUGACAGCGAAGACUCAUCAGAUGACGUUGAUAUAAAACGCCCAAAAUUGUCUUAAGCAUUUUUGUUCUUAAUAACUAAAUUUGUUCAUUUUUUACAUAUAUAUAAAAAUGAUUGCUUAACUUAAUAUUUUAGAUAUAUGCAAGUGAGAAUAAUUGGCCUUCACACUUUGUGUAUGUUCUAAAAGAAAAACACUCAUCUCACUCUAACUAAUUACUAUUAUGGAUCUACUGUAAUGACGAAAACGAAAGACUUAGGCCUUUGGUGUAUGUGUGUAUUUUAAUCCCAACACACAUCACAUAUAAGGAAACGUAUAUGUAUAAAUAACGUUAGUCUAAUAUUUGAGAUUACCAUACUGAAAUUCAGUAGACGGUUUUAUUAUGAAACUAUUUUUUAGUAUCUUAUUAUUAUUAUUAUUAUUAUUAUUAUUAUUAAUUAUUAUUAUCAUCAUUAUUUAUAUGAAUAUUUUUAUUGAAUAAUUAAAUGAUAAUAUUAACUUGAGCUUUUUGAACGUUAAUCGUUCAUCAUGUAACUUUGGUAUACGUAUAUUAUGCACAUCACCAGAUUAUUAGUAAUUUAUAUAGAAAAAAUAUGAUAAUAAUAUUAUUGUUGAUUAUGUUUACUGACACAUUUUUCUAUUAUCUGUGAUCUCAAAGGAAAAUCAACACAUGCAUCAAAAUCGAGUACAAUCAUGUCCAGUGUUUUUCUCCUUUUUCACCAAGUAUACGAUAUACACACGGUAAUAUUAUUAUUUUUCAUGAUAUUUAAAAAUUUACAUUUUAAAUAUGAAACGAGUUUUGUUAAUAAUUGUUUAGUAUUUAUUGUAUUGAAUGAAUAAGUAGCAUAUUUUUUAAGGCACCAUGACUAGUAACCUUUAAAUUUUUAAUGCUUUUUUAAAAAUUAAAAUAAGAAACAUAUUACAGUUUAAUGUAUACGAUAUUUGUAAGGUAAUUGUUGUCUGUGAAAUGUGCAUUUUUUUUUUUGUCCAUUUUUCCUCUUUAUUUUUAUGCUAUAUUUGUAUGCUUUAUAUUAUUACUAUUAAUAAUUAAAAUAUAAUAAUAAAAAAAAACUAUUAUUAUAGUUCUAUUCUCCCUCUCUUACUUUUUAUGUACUAUUAUAAAAUGUUUAUUGUUAGUGACAAAAAAAAUUGACACGGUGUGCCUAUGAAAUUGAUAAAAAAUAAUAAAAUUAAUACCAUUGAGUUAUUAGAACACGAGUCUUACAAUUUAUUUUUUACAUAUGGAACGUAUGUGUAAUAAUCUUAUAGACUGUCGCCAUUAAUAAUAUAAUUUGUUAUUCAUUCAUAGUAGUCCGCGUGAAAACAUUGUGUAUACCUUUAUUAUAUUAUUAUAAUUAUAUUUCAUACGGAACAGUGUGUUGAUUUCAGUAUUGCUCGAAGACGUUAUACUUAUACAUUAUACAUCAUAUUAUAAAUAUUUAUACAUAUUUUUUUUUAUACGUCUUCUAAACUAUACCACCUAGAUAUAUUACUGUAUUAUUAUUUUAUAUAAAUUAGUAUACUUGUAAUUUUAAAUGUAAUUCUAAAGGUAAAUUUUUGUAUUAUAUCCAGUAGAAUAGAAUUUUGUUUUCAGACUCCUAAUUAAGAUGUGGUAUUUAUUUCUAUUCAUAUUGUCGAGUCCUUUUAUAUGUAAUGUAUGCAUAUAGAUGUUUAUUUAAAUAGUCACUAUACGUGUAUAAUAUGUAUAUGAACGUGGGUGUAUUAAUCUGGAUUUCUCAUCUAUUACUACACACAUAUGAAAAGCCCAAUAAAUAAUUGUUACUUAUUAUUAAAUAUUUUUUUUCGUCUAUCGAAAACUUUAUUCUUUUAUACUGUAUAAUAUUAUAUUAUGUUGUGUAAACCAGUCAUGUAAAUCCAUGUUGUCGAUAAACUUUUAUUCCUUUGUGCGUAAAUAGUAUUAAAAUGAAAAUAUUUUUCUUGCCGCGUUAAUAUGUAUGUCGACAAACAAAAAAAAAAAACAUGUACGAGUUAUACUUUCACA